UGGGAUGGCUUUAUGUGAGGGCAGAAGGAAAGAGUCCCCGAAGAAAGGAGACUCGAGUGAAUGAGCGCUCGGGCUGCACCGGGAAGAGGAGCGGCGAUUCAAAACAAAGGACAGCUUCUUCACCUCUGAGCCUGCAAAAUCUCUCCACUUUGACUUCAAGUGUGCUUUCAGAGGGUAUCAUGGCUGAGGGAAGCUGCUUCGGUGCAUUGUAGCUGUUUGGGAUGACCAGAGCCGGACCUUGCCUCGAAGAAGAAGAAGAGGGGAAAGAACCGUGAGGAGGAAAAACAUCUGCUCAGUGAGGAUAAGAUCAGAACAGGGAAUGUACCGGACUGAUCUCUUUGUAAGGAAAGGAAUUUAACCUCCCCAGUAUUAGUGCUCUGUCAAUUUAAAGAGCUUCAAGAAUUUUGUUUUUUAUCAUUGGUUGUUACCACCCCAGAAAAGUUCAACGCCAUGUGCCAUGUUAUCGUAACAUGCCGCUCCAUGCUCUGGACACUGCUCAGUAUUGUCGUGGCCUUUGCUGAGCUCAUUGCCUUCAUGAGCCCCGAUUGGCUGCUGGGAUCUCCUCGUUCCAGCGAGAGCGGGGAGGGAGUGGACUCCGGGGAGUACCGGCCGUCUCUCGGCCUCUACAGCCGAUGCCUUCGUGUCGGGUCACGGGGAAUAGGGGUGAGCUGCGGGCCCUACGCUGGGACGUUUGGGGAAGUGGCCAGUGGCUUCUGGCAGGGUGCCAUGUUGUUUCUGGCAGCAGGGAUGUUAGUGCUAGGAGGAGUGGCCUGUAUCUCAAUCUUCAGUCUGUGCUUCCAGAGCAUCCUGAAGAAGAGCAUAUUCAACAUCUGUGGACUGCUACAGGCUAUUGGAGGCCUGCUGCUGAUGGUGGGCCUCAUGCUGUACCCUGCCGGUUGGGGUUCGGAGAAGGUGAUGGGCUACUGCGGCCCCGAGGCCUUGCCCUUUAGGCCGGCUGAGUGCUCGCUCGGCUGGGCGUUCUACACAGCGAUAGGAGGCACGCUGGGAUCCUUCCUGUGUGCUGUUUUGUCCGCACAGGCUGAGAUUGCCACCUCCAGCGACAAGGUUCAGGAGGAGAUUGAGGAGGGGAAGAGUCUGAUCUGCUUGCUGUGAGCCUUCAGAGACAACGGGAAACUCCAGGAAAUCAUCGGUGGUGUAAUUUCUCUUAGGUGGACGCUUGUAGAUCUCAGUGGAGGGAGGACAGUGAUUAAUCUGAAAGAGUUUGUUAAGAACAUACAAGCCUUGGUAAAUGCUUUUUAAAUUCUUAGGCAUGGGGUUCGCCUACCUGAUGAUACCAAGACAAAGGCAAAAAAAAAUUCCCUUGUACAGCUUCAAGGCUCUGGUACUGCAGCAGGCUGAGGAACAUUACCUGUAGACUUCUUCAAUGUUUUUUACCAAGUUACUGUUUAUUUUUGUAAUAUUUCUCGCCUUAAAAAAAUACACUGUACUGGAAUAGCAGGAGAUUAGUUGGAGAAAUUGGUAGUGGACAGGUUAAACACUGCCAGUCGCACAGUUUAUAGGCUGUCAUUAUAAUGUUCAUUCACACGGUUCACCUGCAAACCUCAACAAACCACUGAAUACUAGCAGAUGUGUCCACUAAAACUCCCAACAACAGCUUGCAUAUGUGUGCGGAGUGCGUCUGCGUGUGUGACAGACAUUAACUGCUGAGGUUUCUUAGCGUCCAUAUGCUCUGAUUGUGCGGCACAGCAGGACAGUAAGACUCUCUGGCUGACUUCACAUGUGCCACUUAAAGGAUUGUUCACUUUAAAGGGAGUUUCCCUUCUCAUACAGAUUGUUUGUGGGUCCCUUGCAGCUUAUUAACCGGCAGAGUGUGUGAACAGAGCAGAGCAGGAACAGAGCCUCGCCAUAUGUUUCACUGUGGCGAACUUUCGUGAAGGGAUGUUUGCUCACAGCGAGAUAAAACAGGCUGCGCCAGAGCUUAUCAUGGCACACCACACAGACUAGAUCUGGCUUUGUAAAAAUGUCCGAGACGCAAAUAAGUGGGAACAUUUUCUAAAAGUGUUUGUUGAGCCUCUGCUAGAUGAAUGCAAAAUGGGUCAUCAGUGUUGCCAUGAUUAAGGCAGACCUCUUUGGUACUUUUGGAGAUCGCCUGAUAUCGUGUUUUGCACUUGGCCCUUUCACAUCGCUUCAUAUUUUGUACACUUGUUUCCAUUUUCCCCGCCACGCUUCAUUAAGUUGCUGUAAAUGUAACAUCACGUGAUUGCUUUUAUUCAUUGUAGAUGACAUGUGCAAUAAUUCAACUAUUGUGUGAGAGUGAGUGGAUCGAGAGGAUGUUUUUAGUCUGUCUGUGCUUAAAUUAAUAUGUUGAACUGUCGGCUGUUUUUUGUUACAUUAACAAAAGAGUAACAGCAUUGUGGCACAUUGUUUGAUGCUGCAUGUGUGAGAGGAUGAUAUGUGUGAGGAGUGAUACAGUCUGUACUUUGUACUCUAAUAAACCAGGCCUUCUUUAGUAAUUCUGAGUUUUACUAAGCUUUGUUUUGCUUUGAUGUGCAGAAGUUCUUUCUUCCAUGUUUUCUUUCCUGAGACUUCCUGAGAGGAAACACUGACACCUAGAGAUGGAAAGUAGACAACACAGAACAGGAACUUAAACCAGUGCUUCCUAACCAGGAUUGGGCUGGGUAUCAUUUAAGGGUGAUUUCACACUUCUCAGCCCUCUAAGCAGACUCAGGGUGGUGAUUCAAGCUUCUUUGGGUAUAUAUGAACUCAGACCCCUCAGAGGGAGGUCACAAGACUCUUCAAGUCCACGGUGCAGUUCACUUAACCUGUCUUUUGAACACAAAGCUCCAGGUUCUCUUUGCUCUUUGGCAUUGUAUUUAACCCUCUAGAUCACAUGCUAUUGCACUAAGACGCUUGAAACCACAGACAAAACCGUGUCAGCCUGUAACACUUGCAAAGACGCAGGAUGAGGAGUGGUUUGGUCCACAGAAGAUACAGCACUUCUCCAGAUGUGGAAUGUAGAAUACAUCAAAUGGAAACAGUCUACAGCACAGAUACGCUGAGUUCACCUGAAAGCAAGUGGCUUUAUAACUGCACUGCAGGGUCGGGUCACUUCAAAGUAAAAACAAAACUAUGUCAAUAUAUAUUAUAUAUAGGCUAUAUUGUGAACAGAAGGAGGACUGAGGCCCCAUCAGAGCUGAAGUUGACCAGAAAGAGAACUGAGUAGUUUUUCAAAUGGACUGACAAUGUGAACCAAAAAAAAAACAAAAAACUGAGUCCCUUUUCUGAUGGUCCACUUUUUGGUGCUCUUCAGAGGACUGCGUUCACUUUAUUUAAAAAGGACUAUAUGUGAAAACACCCUAAGAAUUACAAAACCAGUACACUUAAAGUGAUACUGGUAUCAGUAGAGUACCAUCACCUGAAUGUAAGCAUUCAGUUGGGUAAAAUGCCACCGGAUGCCACAGGCUUGUAGUACUGCCACACUUUUGAACGUUUUGGUGGCAUCUCAGCAAACUAAACUUCAAAGUACACUGUGCUCGACUUCACCACACCACAGACUGUGCUGGUUGUAGCAGCAGCAAUCACACCUAGCGUUAAAUCAAGGAGCAUCUGUGGUGAUUGGCUGUGAGCAGAACCAUACAAAUUGUUUUUUUUUUUCAAUCUCCUGGUACAAAAAGGAUCAAAUGGAGGAAUUGAUUGACUGAGGAAGUUUCAAUACUACGUGGUACUGGUUAUUUCGGUUGAUACCUUAAAG